UUUGUGGUCCUUGCGGCGCCCUUCCCUGGGUUCUCCGCGCUACUGCGUCCAGAUCCGCCUAUUCUCUGCUCCCCCGAACUUUUAGCCUUAUCUUGGCCCCUUUGUAGACCAGGAAGUUGAUAAAUCGCGGGGCCAGCUACUGUAAGACGGUGGCUCGGGUGGGACAGUCGCCAGGGAUGGCGGAGCGCGAGGAUGGAGCGGGUGUCUGGGCUCCUCUCCUGGACGUUGAGCAGAGUCCUGUGGCUCUCCGGCCUCUUUGAGCGGGGAACUGCCCGGCAGCCCCGGAUCAUGGAAGAGAAAGCGCUAGAGGUUUAUGCUUCUAGCUCUUACACCCUCUCUGCAAUGUUGAAUCCAAGACACUGGAUAUCAUCUAAUAAUAAUCCAAGAAAACAGUUUUCUCAAAAGGAAACUGGUAGUGGAAAUUCUUGUGAGAAAUCUGAUUUGAUUCGAACUAUCCGGGACCCAGAGAAGCCCAAUACUCUGGAGGAACUGGAGGUGGUAACGGAAAGUUGUGUGGAGGUUCAGGAGAUAAACGAAGAGGACUAUUUGGUUAUUAUCAGGUUCACACCAACAGUACCUCAUUGCUCUUUGGCGACUCUUAUUGGACUGUGCUUAAGAGUAAAACUUCAGCGGUGUUUACCAUUUAAACAUAAGCUGGAAAUCUACAUUUCUGAAGGAACCCACUCAACAGAGGAAGACAUCAACAAGCAGAUAAAUGACAAAGAACGAGUGGCAGCUGCAAUGGAGAAUCCCAAUCUACGGGAAAUUGUGGAACAGUGUGUCCUUGAACCUGACUAAUAGCUGUUUUAAGAGCCAUUGAACUUUAAUUGUUUGAUAUGUUCGUUUAAACUCUUUGUAAAAUGUAAAAGACUCAUGUCUAAUACAUAGGUGAUUUAUACCUCAAAGCAUUUUUUAAAGGAUGAUUUUCAAGCAAGAUUUAAUAUAAGGUAGUACCUAGUUUGUUCCGUGUAUAACAUUCUCAGGAUUUAUAACACUUAAAUGAUCAGACAAAAAUAUUUUCUAGUUAUGUGUAAGACGAGUUGCUAUUUUUCUGAUGCCUAUUCUGAUACAAUGGCUUUUCAUGUCAAAUAUUUACUGUGCCCAAAUGUAUUCAAUUGAAAUCAUUACUCUGUAAAAUAAAUAAAACAAAGAUGAAUCUUGUAA